AUGAUGCAUACAUUGAGGGACUGCUCCAAUGCCUCUUCAGUAUGGAAAAGGUUAGUGCCUCGAGUCACUUGGGAUGAUUUUAAUGCUUUGGACUUGGAGGAUUGGCUGGUAAUUAAUUUGACAAACGCUCGAAAUUUGGAUGUUAUGGAUUGGGAUGUAACAUUUGGGCUAGCUUUAUGGCGCAUUUGGAAUGCACGAAAUCGGAGAAUUUUUAAAGGAGAAGCGUCGCGUGUGGGCGGGUUGUUGAAAGAAAUUGAAACUUGGAAGAGUAAUGUCUCCGCAAUUACUAGGGGAGAAAGACGGUUGGGUGGGUUCGGGGUCGGACGGGAGAUGCUGUCCUCGCCGUGCGGCUCGUACUCGUCCGGCUUCAGCACGCCGCUGUACUCCGAUUUCGAAAGCGAGGACGGCGAUUUCAUCGCCGAGUUGAGUCGGCAGAUGGCGGAACGCAUGCUCCAGGAUGAAGACGAAGAAGAAGAAGAAAAACAUGGAAAUAAAAAAUCGGACCCGAGCUCCGGUGGCUCCGCGAAGAAAAACGGGUCGAUUCGCCUGGAUACCAGUGUCGGCGCCGUUGAUGGCGGCGAAAAUGGAAUCGAUUCGGGCCGGGCCGGACUCGAUUACCGAUUUCCCCCAAUCCAUGAUUUUGAGCUGAAAAAUCAAGUUCCAAGGAAAGAGGACCAGUUUGUUGGGGGCAGGCGAGUCAAAAGGACAGAGACAACUCAGCCGAAAACACAACGGCACCACCAUCACCGCCAAACGCGGUACAAGGGGAGAAACGGGUCGGGUAUGCAGGCUGUUUUCCUGGGUGGAUCCGGUUCGGUUAACGUCCAGCCAGGAACCGGAGUUUUCCUGCCCCGGUUGAACACCGACCCUGCCGAGCCGAGAAAAAAAUCGGGUUGCUCGAUUGUCCUGAUGCCGACAAGAGUGCUACAGACGUUGGAGCUCCAUUUCAAGCAACGUCAUCAAUCCAUAACAUCCCUACCAUUGAACGAUGGUGGGUCUCUCGUUCACUCUUGGCCCAAAUUAGGUGAGUCCACCAUAUCAAAGGAGCAAUAUUCACAAUCACAGCUUGAAAAAGACCCUCCAAAUGGCGACGAUAUGCAACUGCCGCAAGAAUGGACUUACGAACAAUAA